AUGUUUACUUGUAUUUUUGUUUUUGAUUGUUUCCGUUCUUGUUACCUCCCUUUUUCUUCUCUUGCUUAUUAUUAUCUUAUCACCCAUGCGCACGUUCUGUUUUUCUUUGAUCUUCAACAGUUACACGUUGCCAGCUUUAUCCUCCGCCUGAAGCAAUUUUUAUUUCGAAUUCUCUCUAUUAUUGGCCUUCUUUUACUACUUCUUUCGAUUCCAUUCUCCAUACCCCUCUUUUUUUAUGUUCCUUCUAUCUUUCUCUCCCCACAUUCCCUCUUCAAAACAUUAUUCGUUUUAUUUUAUGUCAGAUGCUUUCUUUGCGUUUUAAACUUAUUUCCAACAUUUUGUCUUUCCGUAAACUUGUUCCAUAUCUCUUUCUCACUUAUUCGAAAUAUUUUUUCUGCUUUGAAUCCCCCCUCUGCUUCUCAUUUUUACCUCCUCCCACUUCUUCAGGCGUUGCUUAGAGCCUUUAACUCUCUUUCAUACGUCUCCCUUUUCCCUUACCUACUUCUUCAAAUCCUUCUCUUUAUCCUCCUCCUCCUACUAUUUCUCCUCUGCCACCUCAUUCUUCUUCUUCUUCUUCUUCUUCUUUUGGUGUUGCCUAUGGAUUUCCCCCACCUUCCUUAUGCUUGUUUUAUUUGUCUUUCUCUGUGUUUUUUUUUUCCUUUGCUAUUCCUCCUGCUUAUUUUCUUCUCUUCCACCUUCUUCAUAUGGUGUUGCCUAGUUUUUUUUAUAGUCCUCCAUAUUAGAUCUAUUUUACUUUCCCUAUUAUUAUUAUUAUUAUUAUUAUUCGUUCGUACCAUUCUCCUUCCUAUCUUUCGCCCUGUCCGUGACGUCUAUUUCUCUUCUUUUUACCCUUCUUGCUCCAUCUAUCUAUCUAUCUAUCUAUCUAUCCAUCUAUCUAUCUAUCUAUACUUUCACUUUCUCUGCAGCUGUUUCUCUUUCCUUGUCUUUUUUCUAGCCAUCCUGGCUCUUCUACACUCUCAUCCUCUCUUUCCUCAUUUUUGUUUCAUUCUCUAUUUCCUACACUUUCUCUCUCUCUAUGUCUCAUAUUUCUUGAUAUAUCUCUUUCCCUUUAUUAACCUCAACUCUCCCCUCUUACUCUUUCUGACUAUUUUCUCCCUCUCUUUAACUCUCUAUCCCAAUCCCUUGUUUCUUGUCUAUGUCUCUUUUCAUUACUUUUAUUUUCGCUUAUUAACGUCUAUAUGUCUGUUAUUUUUUAUAUCUGUCUAUUCCCCCUUUUCUCUCUCUCUCUCUCACUCUCUCUCCUAUUCUUUCUCCUUUCUCUACUUCUCUUUUUCGCUAUCUAUCCCCUCUCAGGUUUGUUUUAAUAUAUCUUUAUUUUCACUUUCUUUUUCUUGCCAACUCUUUGUUUCUAUUUCGUUGUUUUUUUCUAUCGGUUCAUUCUUUUCCCCCACUCUCUCUUAUCCAUUCUUUCUAUUCCUCUCACUACUUAUCCCCCUCUCUCAUUUCUCUUUCCUUUCUCUCCUUAGCCACCUCUCUCAUUUCUUUAUGUCUUUCUCUUUCGUUGUCUUUUUAUCGGUUCAUUCUUUUCUCUCCCCUCUUAUAUCCUCAUCACUCUAUCUCUCUCUCCCUAGCAUUUCUCUUUCCUUUAAUGUUCAUUAUCCUUCUCUCUCGCUUUCUCGAAUACUCUUUCUAUUUUGUUGUCUUUCUCCCGCAUCACUUUCUCUAUCUCUUUCGCUGUCUUCCUCUUACUCCAUUCUUUUCUGCAUUCUCUUCUUUCAACUCUCUUACCCACUGCCCUUCUCCCCCUCCUCCCUCAUUUCUCUUUUCUUUAAUGUUUACUACACCUUCUCUCUCUCUUUCUCAAAUUCUGUUUCUAUUUCAUCGCCUUUCUAUCGGUCCACUCUUAUCUACACACUCUUCUUUCCACUUUCGCUCUCCCUCUCUCUACUUGUCCUACUUCCCCCUUUCUCUUUCAUUUUAUCUUCAUUAAAAUCUCACCCUCUCUUUCUAAAUAACUCUUUCUUUCUAAUUCCCUGUUUUCUUUCUAUUGUUUCACGUUCCUUUUCACUCCUCUAUCCCCUUUCAUUCUUUCUUUCUUUCUAUCUUCCUUUCUCUCCUUCUAAGACAACUUAUUCUGAUUCCUUUUAUGUUCGUGGGAGGUGA